AUGGUUCGGCAGUAUCGCACGCGACCAUCACCGCAAAGAUUUGAAAGGAACUUGCACAACCCAACAUCUACUGGCUGCUAUGCGGUGACACCCAUGGGCAAAACACUUUUCCUUUCAGCCUACAUGAAUGAGAAAUCAGAAUUCGCCGCAGCAGCCGCAGCUGAGCCCGGUGAGGAUGCGGAGAAGGCAUCCAGCUCAGGAGUCGCGCGGGUGGCGGCGGUCAAGGCGAUGGCGACCGCGUCCACCGCACAGGUUGGGGAGGGCAGCCGGUCGGCACUGCAGCAGCGCCGGAAAGCGCGCGAGCAGCGUCGCAAGGAGGUGAUGAAGGUCCUGGACGCCGAUGGUGAUGGCGUCAUCACGAAGACGGAGUUCCAGCAACUGCAGGCGGCGAACCCCGAACUGGCCAAGGUGGACAUGAGCAAACUCGAUGCCGACGGGGACGGCCAGAUCAGCAAAGAAGAGCUGGACAAAGCUCUGGAUUGGGAUGGCGAUGGUCAGGGCAGCCAGGGCGCCACGAUCUUCGCCGCUGUUGCCAACAUCUUCGGCAGCCAGGAGCAGACGCAGGAAAAGCCGGACGAGAAGAAGGAAGAGGCCAAGGAGCAGAAGGAGGAGGAGAAGAAAGAAGAGGCUAAGGCUAAGGAGGAGCAGCAGGACAAGGCAAAAGAGGAGAAGAAGGAGGAAAGGACAGUAGAGAAGAAGGACCCGGAGCCAGAGGACCCGAAGGAAAAGGAUGCCCAGAAGCCCACCGAACCGAGCGCCUCAUCCGCAGACGCAGCGCCGAAGCCGGAGGAGGCGUCAGAAGCUAAGCCCGACGCGGACGCAGCAAAGCAGGAGGCGGCCGAGGCGCCAGCGGCGCCACGACCCAAAGCUCUUCCCAAAGCCAUGUCGGUGAUGACGAAGGUGAACUUCGUCGCCGGCAGGUUCUGCAUGCACCACAAUCUCCAGCACUGGCUCACGGUGUUGUAUGACAGCAGUCCGUAUAGCAGAUGGUACGCACCCCUUUCCAUCUAA